AUGGCCUCACCAUCAAAGCGAUGCCGAGUCACUAUUGAAGACGUCGAGGAUGAAGGUGAUACCCCACCAUCUUCUUGGAGUCAUGACAGCCUUGUCUUUGUGGAUUAUCCCGAUGCUGGCGCUGAGAUUGAAGGUGCUGGAAAGGGUGAAACUACGUUUGAAAGAAUUAAGAAAGAGAAGCAGAAGCAAGGAGAAGAGAUGUGGGCGCCUUUUAAAUCCUGUGAGGAAUGGGAGCUUGCACGAUGGCUGAUGAUGUCCGGGGUUAGCCAAGCAGAUAUAGACAGGUUCGCAAAGCUGGGAGUGAUCCGAGACAAUGUCAAACCAUCGUUUAAGGACAAGCGCACCUUUCUGACUAAGAUAGAUGAGUUGCCAUCUGCAUUGGGUACUGAGUGGAAAUGCGAGGAAUUUGAACUAGUUGGAAACAUACUCGAUAAGGAUGGGACUCCCAUCGUGCAGACCAUCGAGUUGUGGAAGCGUGAUCCACUUGCAUGCAUCAAGGAGCUCAUGCAGGAUCCCCGAUUUGUGAAACAUAUGCGUUACGCACCGGAGAAGAUGUAUACGGAUGAAGGGAUGAAGAACCAGGUGUUUGAUGAGAUGGCGACAGGCAAAUGGUGGUGGGCCAUGCAGAGACUGUUGCCAAAGGGAGCAACCAUCGCAGCGAUCAUCCUUUCGUCCGAUAAAACCCAGCUCUCCACCUUUAGUGGCGACAAAUCUGCCUGGCCGGUUUACCUUACCCUUGGCAACAUCGAUGCAUCUGUCCAAAGGAAACCAUCAGAACAAGCCACUAUUCUGAUAGGUUACAUACCCGUAUCAAAAUUAGAGUGCUUUACCGAGGAUCGUCGAUCUGUAGAAGGAUAUCAGCUGUUCCAUGACUGCAUGCGGGCACUCCUAAAGCCUCUCAUCGAGGCUGGCCAGAACGGUGUCGAGAUGCUUUGCAGUGAUGGAAGGACACGGCUCGUGUUUCCUCUCCUUGCUGCCUACGUGGCCGAUUAUCCUGAGCAGUGUCUAAUAGCCGGCUGUGGAGAGCGACGAUGUCCGAAAUGCACUGCUACCUCAAAGGAGCUGGGUGAUCCAUUGCACUCAGUACUACGCGACCCUGAGAAAACCAUCGACGCACUCAAAGCAACACAGACAGGAAAUAACAUGGAAUUCAAAAACCUCGGCCUACGCCCAAUUACGCCCUUCUGGAUGGACUUGCCACGAUGUAACAUCUUCCAUUGUUUCACUCCUGACCUUCUACACCAGCUCCACAAGGGCGUCUUCAAAGAUCACCUUGUCAAAUGGUCGACGAAGGCUGCAGAGGCGACGAAGGCGGAGGUUGACCGUCGUUACAUGGCUAUGCCACGGCAUCCUGACUUACGCCACUUCAAGAAGGGAAUUUCACUUGUCACGCAGUGGACAGGAACGGAGUACAAGAAUAUGGAGAAAGUUUUCCUAGGCGCGCUGGCGGGAACGGCAAAACCUGAUGUCAUCAUUUGUGUUCGUGCUGUGCUUGAUUUUAUCUACUAUUCCCACCUUGAACUACACACGGAUGAGUCAUUGAAGAAGCUUGAAGACUCAUUACGCACCUUCCAUGCCCACAAACACAUAUUCGUUGAUGACGGCAUUCGCGACCACUUCAAUAUCCCUAAAGUCCAUUCAAUGGUUCACUACUCUGCGAUGAUUCGGUCCCAUGGCGUCACAGGAGGCUAUAAUACCGAGGCAUCAGAGCGACUUCACAUUGAUUUUGCGAAACGAGCGUACCGAGCAUCAAACCGGAAGGGAUACAUCCAGCAAAUGACAAAGUGGUUGACCCGACGAGAGGCAGUGCAAAGGUUUACCCGAUUCCUAGACUGGGCUCUAGAAGGUGCAGGUAGGGAUGAAGUUGACGAGGUCGAGGACGAUGUAGACGUGGCAGAUGGUGAUGAAGAAGCAACGGCGCAGGCUGAGAUCAACAUGGAGCUUACCAAGGACACUAAUGGGGAUCAGGUCACAUCCCGUGUUAGCCUACAGCAUGGCGAAUCAACGUACACUAUACCCAAAAGACCCUCCUUCACUGGCAUCGAUAUAGCAACUUUGGAGAACCAGUACGGGACUCAGCAGUUUGUUCGCUGUCUGGAAUUUUUUCUUCGUGACCGUGGCUUGCUCAAAGAUGAUUUCUGGGAUGCUCGGCCAGCAAAAUACCAGGUGUACAAGCGCUUCCGGAUCUGUAUACCCCCGGUUCCUGAAGUCUCGACAACUGUUACCCUGGAUGUCAUUCGUGCAUCGCCGCCUCACACAACGGGGACUAGGAGGAAAAAGUAUGUGCCAGCUCAGUUUGAUACAGUGCUGGCACGGCGAGACCUGCCAUUGGAUAAGAAACAGGACCUGGACUUGUUAGGAGUGAAUGGUCUUCAUGUUGCACAAGUCCGUGCUAUUUUCAACCUUCCUGAGGAACUCGGCAGCUUCCCACAUCCGCUAGCAUACGUUGAAUGGUUCACCCCUCUGCGGCGCGUCGAUGAACACACGCAAAUGUUCAGGGUGGAACGGUCUAUGCGGAAUCAUCUUCGGAAUGCAUCCAUUAUUCCAAUUACAUAUAUCUCCCGCAGUUGUCAUCUUAUACCAUACUCAGGACGUAUUAUGGACCCUACAUGGACGAGCGAGAGUGCUAUGGAAAAGUGCAAGUCCUUUCAUCUCAAUACGUACCUUAGACACAUUGAUUUUGUCUUACUACGCUUAAAAUGCAAGAUUUCCGCAACGUGA